GUGGACUGUGGUGUGAUCAUGUUUGUGUAGUGACUGUUUUUGCUGAGAGAAAGUAAUAUGAAUGUCUUUAUUUAUAUUGUUUGUGUGAGUCUUAUUACUUUUGUGAAUGCUGGUGAUAUUAAUUACGACACAAUUUUAACCAUAUUAAAGCAAACAGGUAAUGGUGCGAAAAGGAGAACCAAUUUAUUAAAUCCCGAUGAAAAGAAUGACAUAGUGGAAACUAUGCCGGUCAUCCCUGGGUUUUAUCUGCAGAAACCAAAAGAAAUAUCCAGUUCCUUAUUUAAAAACCCCACGCAAUGGCCAGACGCUUUAUUCAGCAAUUCAAACAGUAUAAAUAACAGCCAAACCGGGGAAAAUGUUAUAAAGAACAUUUCAAGGGACGGCUAUUUAGACGCGAAGAUUAUAAAAGCUGUCAAGAAUCUCAAUAAAUAUAGGGAAAGUCAAAAAUCUUACAUCGAUAAACUAGGGAUAUGGAAAUCAAGCAGUAACGGUGAUGAUAAUGUUCAGAAUGCUCCAGUAAAAGUUUUAGUGAGUCACGUGCUGAAUUCAUUAAAAAAUGAAGAUAUAGCAAAGAAAAAGCUUAAAGCACAGAAGGAUAGAGAAAAGUUGGAGAACGAUAAAGUACUGGCAAGUAUUAUAGUCAAAUAUUACAAACUAGCGACACGCCCCGACUUCGCACGGGUGCACUAUGCAUGUAAUGUACAUAUAAACCUUCCUUAA